CUCUCCAGCCCCGGAGGUGCACACCAUGCACCCACUGCUGGCUCUCCUUUGCCUGCUGCCCCUGCACCCAGGCUGGUCCACAGCCACUCUCUCCUGCCCUCAGAACGUCAAUAUCUCCGGAGGCACUUUCACCCUCAGCAAUGGCUGGGCCCCUGGGAGUAUCCUCACCUACUCCUGCCCCUUGGGCUAUUACCCGUCCCCUGCCAUGCGGCUGUGCAAGAAAAACGGGCAAUGGGAGACGCUACAAUCCACCCGGUCGACGCUGACAAAGGCUGUCUGCAGACCUGUCCGCUGUCCAGCCCCUGUCACCUUUGAGAACGGCAUGUAUACCCCACGGCUGGGGUCCCACCCCGUGGGGGGCAACCUGACUUUCCAUUGUGAGGAUGGCUUCUCACUGCGGGGCUCGCCAGUUCGUCAGUGUCGCCCCAACGGCAUGUGGGACGGGGAGACGGCCGUGUGUGACAAUGGCGCCGGCCACUGCCCCAACCCAGGCAUUUCCGUGGGCGUGGUGCGCACAGGGUCCCGCUUUGGCCUUGGCGACACGGUCAGCUACCGUUGCUCCUCGAACCUGGUGCUGACAGGGUCUGCAAAGCGGGAGUGCCAGAGUAACGGGGUCUGGAGUGGGACCGAGCCCAUCUGCCGCCAGCCCUACUCUUACGACUUUCCUGAGGACGUGGCGCCUGCCCUGGGCACCUCCUUUUCCCACCUGCUUGGAGUCACCAACCCCACGCAGAAGAAGAACGAAAAUCUGGGUCGCAAAAUCCAAAUCCAGCGCUCCGGUCACCUGAACCUCUAUCUUCUCCUGGAUGCCUCUCAGAGUGUGGUGAAAGACUUUCACAUCUUCAAGGACAGCGCCUACGUCAUGGUGGACAGGCUCUUCAGCUUUGAGAUCAAUGUUAGUGUCGCCAUCAUCACCUUUGCGUCAAAGCCCAAAGACAUCUUAUCUGUCACGCACGACGAAUCCCGGGAUGUGACGGAAGUGCUUGAGAUUCUGGACCAUGUUGACUAUAAAGACCAUGAAAAUGGAACCGGGACCAACAUUCAUGAGGCCCUAAUGAGUGUCUAUUACAUGAUGAAUAACCAAAUGCAACAGCUUGGCUUGCACACAGCAGCCUGGCGGGAAAUCCGACACGCCAUAAUCCUGUUGACAGAUGGGAAGUCCAACAUGGGUGGCUCUCCCAAGCCGGCUGUUGACAAAAUCAAAGAGAUCUUGAGCAUCCAACAGAAGAGGGACGACUAUCUGGACAUCUAUGCCAUUGGGGUGGGCAAGCUGGAUGUGGACUGGAGAGAACUGAAUGAGCUGGGGUCCAAGAAGGACGGUGAGAGGCACGCCUUCAUCCUGCAGGACGCAGAUGCUCUGCGCCAGGUGUUCGAGCAUAUGCUGGAUGUCUCCAGGCUCACAGACACCAUCUGUGGGGUGGGGAACAUGUCAGCCAAUGCCUCUGACCAAGAGAGGGCACCCUGGCAUGUUACUAUUAAGCCCAAGAGCAAAGCAACCUGCAGGGGGUCCCUCAUCUCAGACCAGUGGGUUCUGACAGCGGCCCACUGCUUCAUCCAGGCUGAUGAGCAGUCCCUGUGGAGGGUCAACGUCGGGGACCCCAACUCCCCAAGGGGCAAAGAAUUCCAAAUUGAGAAGGUAGUGAUCUCCUCGGGGUUCAAUGUUCACGCCAAAAAGAAUCAGGGAAUAAAGGAGUUUUAUGGUGAUGACAUCGCCCUGCUGAAGCUGGCUCAGAAAGUGAAGAUGUCUACCCACGCCAGGCCCAUCUGUCUCCCUUGCACUGUGGAGGCCAACCUGGCUCUGCGGAGACCCCCAGGCAGCACCUGCCAAAACCACGAGAGUGACCUUCUGAACCAACAGAGCAUUCCUGCUCAUUUUGUGGCCUUGGAUGGGAAGAAAAUGAAUAUUAACCUCAAGACAGGAACAGAGAGGGAAAACUGUAUCAAGGUCGUCUCCAAAGACAAAACCUCAUUCCCUGGCCUGACAGAUGUCACAGAGGUGGUGACAGACCAGUUCCUAUGCAGUGGGACCCAGAACGAUGACAAUCCUUGCCAGGGAGAAUCUGGGGGAGCAAUUUUCCUUGAGCGGCGAUAUCGGGUUUUUCAGGUGGGCUUGAUAAGCUGGGGGCUCUACAACCCCUGUGAGCCCCCUUCCACCCGCAAGAGGGCACCUGCGAGCAGAGUCCCGCCGCCCCGAGAUUUCCACAUCAACCUCUUCCGCCUGCAGCCCUGGCUGAGGCAGCAUCUGGACGGUGUCCUCAACUUCUUGCCCUUGUGAGCAUGGCCACUGCCCCUUUGUGGUCCUGCUGGCAUUUGCUGGCCCCUUCUGCCUGGGAACUUCCACCCUCAGGCCCCUCGACCCCUGCUGGCUCCCAGCUCUGAGUUCCCGCCUCUGCUUCUGGGGAGCAGCACCUCCAAGCCUGGGAAUCCCCAGCACUCCUGCCAGCAGGAGCCCCCCACCCCCUUCGCUUUCCUCAGCUCUCACUUGGAUGGAGGA